ACCAUGAAGCACAACAACCAAUUGCCCGGAAACCAUUUCCGCAAAGACUGGCAGAGCCGCGUCAAGGUCUGGUUGGACCAGGCUGGUCGUAAGAAGACAAGACGCAUUGCGCGCAUCCAGAAGGCUGCCCGCAUUGCCCCUCGUCCCGUUGAUGGUUUGAUCCGUCCUGCCGUCCGCUGCCCUACGGUCAAGUAUAACACCAAGCUCCGUGCUGGUCGCGGUUUUACUCUUGACGAACUCAAGGCUGCUGGUAUCCGCCGCAAAGAGGCUCUCUCUAUUGGUAUCUCCGUUGACCACCGCCGCCGCAAUAAGUCCGAGGAGUCCCUUCAGUUGAAUGCUCAGCGCCUUAAGGCUUACAAGGCUAAGUUGAUCGUCUUCCCUCGCAAGGCUGGCGGCAAGGCUAAGGCCGGUGACUCUGCAGCUUCUGAACUCUCUGCAGCUUCUCAAUUGACUGGUCCCCUCUUCCCUGUCAACCAGGUUUGGCCCAAGGAGAAGGCUCGUAAGAUUACUGAGCAAGAGAAGAGCCACUCUGCCUAUGAGCAGCACCGCAAGGCCCGCUCCAUUGCUCGUCUUCAUGGUAUUCGUGAGGCUCGUCGCAAGGCUAAGGAGGAGGAGGAGGCUAACAAGAAGAAGUAAAAAUAAAGUCUGUCGAUAUCCCUCUGUUCCUUAUUCUUAAAUCGCGACAAAAAACUAUUCUACUGCCUCUAGUCCAACAUUGACGCGCUGUUCUCUCAAUAAAUAAAAAGAAAGCAAUCUUCUGGUCAAACUAGG